ACAGCUUCUUUCGUUGUCUAGCUACUUCGCGAAGUCAUGAGCACCGGCAACAUCCUUCCUUCCGACCGCCAUGGCGCUGCCAAAGCUUGGAUUGCAACAGAGCUGAGGCUCAUUGGAGCUGGGGAAGAACAGAUCAGGCAGGUUCAUGCAGCGCUGGAUAGGCUUUAAAAUAAAGCCGAUGAAAUUACAGAGAAUAGGUUGUCUACAAAGCUCCAGGGGGUGGUGAAACCCAAAGAUUCACAAAACGAAACUCGGCUGGAAGAGUUGGCAUCCAAUGCUUUUGAUGCCCUUCAAGAUUUCAACGAUCUCUACAGACUUCACAGCGAAGGCUUUUGCGAAACAGCUCGACUCCCGAGAUCCCUACUGCAACAGGAACAUUUGGACGACUACGUGCAGGCUGCAGAGCAGAGUAAGGAUAACGCGAAGUCUCGCUUGGAUUUUCUGACAGAUCAGCAGACACCAGUCGGCAACGAUCCAAAUACCUUCAUUUGCCUCCUUGCCUCAUCUGGAACUGGGAAAACGCAGUUGGCGGCUACUGCAGGUCUUACGUACAAGGAAGCACAACGAUUUAUUUGAAUAUGGGGACGGCAGAUAGUCAAAGAUUCUAUCGCCCUCACCUCCUGUCGGGACCCGAUUUUCUUAAAAUUCUACGGCAGCCACCAUCAAGUGACGGCAAAUAAAAUCUCUUCGUGGGCCUCCAAUAGCGACGACGGAAGCUUCCUUUUCGUUCGCGUUCUCUAUCACCUGCUCACUGGUGAGCCGUUCGUGCCGACUAUACCGACUCUUGGGUCGCGCAUGACACUGAAAGCGCUGAAAGAAGCUAUCAAGCCAAACAAGUACCUUGUUUUUCUUGAUGAAGUGCCGCCGAAGGGAGACGACGAAUACACAACUGUCCUUUGCUUGAGGGAUGUAUUCCGCUACCUUGGGAUUGCUCCCAUAUUAAUGAGCACACACACAGGGCCGCAGGACUAUGCCGAAAAGACGUCUCGAGUGUCCUUAGAUGUUUGGACUUGGGUUGUUUCGACUCUACCAAAAUUCGAACCAUUUCCUUCGCACCCCCCUGUUAACGGAGCGGCCUCUUGUACUUCAAUAUGCUAUUCAAAAAUUGGCGGAGAAGUGGACCCUGCCAGAGAUUAUCCAAGGGCUUCAAAGAACGCUGCAAAAAAGAAACUAAAGGCUUGGACAACAAGCCCAUCACUUCAAUUGGUCCAGCUGUUUUCCGCUGAUGUCGACAUCAAUGGUGAAAGCUUUACAUCAUCCCACAAUCUAGUCGGUCAUCAUUUCGGAUGUUUGCUGCAGGACAGAGAAGGCAGAGAAGACGGAAUUAGGCGUUACAACUGCGCUGAGGCGGAGGUUUUUGGCAAAAAUCUACUCGUUGCGCCUGUUUCCGCUGCACAAGAGCCUCUGUUGUAUCUCGCUCUAGUGACGUGGGACGAAAGUAUGCUACCAGGAGAAAGGAGGAAGGAUCAACUCUUAUUCCCACUUACUGAUAAAUCAGGGAGAGCUCCAACGGUACGUGCUGCAUUUGAAAGAUGCAGCGAUGAUUUUACAUCCAAUCCUUCCACUGAUAACCCAAGGGCAAUGAAGGCAGAUGGGAAUUUAUUGGAAGUACUUGUGUAUGCCUCUCUGACAUUGGCAUCCAUGAAAACUACUCCCGGUGACCACAACAAAUACCUUUCCGGUGUGCAUCUGAAGAACUUCAUUCCUCUAGUGCGCACUUUGAUGUUGGAUCAAUAUCUGCAAGGACUUCCACCUGCCCCCCAGGUGUUCAAUGACCUGGUUUUCGAAUGGCCCACUGUUCCAGCAUUGGGAGGCUCCGAGCCUGGAUUACCAAAGGAACUGGGCCAAGUUUGCGGUGCAAACCUGGGUUAUCUCGAGAGACCUGAGGACAGUGCUAUGACAGAUGGCUUUAUAUCUUACUUGCAUUGCGAAGACACGGGGUCCGGAGAGCCCUUCAUUAGCAUUGAGUGCAAGAAUCUCUCAAAUGGUGUCGAUUCUACUGUCCUGAAGAAAGUAUUUCAGGGCAUCCGGGGCGGCAUCCAGUGUGCCUUGGUAUUUGUAUCUCAUAUCCAACAAGGGGCAUUUCAACAGACUACUUUGGCAACAGUAAAAUCAGAGUGUUUUUCGAAUCACGACGCUGACUCGGUCAGUGUCCUUGAGUGGAAUAGCGAUAAAGGGGAACCUAGCUUCUUGAAAAUGAAGGGGGGAACUUUCGCUGCCAGGGAGAAAACGUCGCUGCUGGUUGUCAUUAUUUCUGUUGGCGUCAUCGAUGCGUGUAUAAGCCGGAAGAAACCGCGCCUUGCAUCCACCAACUGUGAUUACUUGACUUGACUUGACUUAUUGGCGGUGCAGUCGCCCUUCAACGAUAUUCAAAUGCAAUAACAAGAGAGUUGUGAUACUAACUUUGGCUCCUCUCCUUAGUUGACAGAGAAGCUGGUACUGCCCUCCCAGUCAGUGCUGGGAGUUGAAAGGAAAUGGUGCUCAGGGCAGCUACCCGAUGGGCAGUUGUCCUUCAAGAAGAGACCAGGGUAUGCGACCAUAGCUGCAAGUUAGUAGCUAUAUGAUAAUGUGAAAGAUACUGAGAUAGUCAGACUGGUUGUGUAGGC